ACUCUCGUCGCUCCCCGUAGCAGGUUUUUUUCCUCCAGCAUGGCUGCGUUCAGGAGCGGAGUGACUCCAGGUAGCUUAGCACGAUGUUUCCUGAAGCAGACUGGGAAACAGAGCAGAGGCAGCCAGAUCCUUUCAGACAUUUGGAGCCACCGGUUGCUCCAGAAGUCCAGUCUGCACACGGUGCUGGAGUGUCGCAGUCCCGCCACCAGAGCUCUGCUGGGCCGCCGACAGCACGCCAAGAUCCUGUGGGUGAACGCAGUGGCACUCAGACACAACAGCUCACAGAUCCCAGUGGAGGAUGUCACCAUGGCAACUCCAGUGUUGGAGUCCUCCUCCUCCUCCGUGUCUCCGCCCGCUGAGCCGACCUCCAUCACCACACAGCCCAUCACUGAACAGAUCCCAGUAGAAGCGGUUUCCACGGCAGCACCAGUCCUGGACGUGUCUCCUCCUGCGGCGGUGGUCCUGGACCUGCAGCAGCUCUCUGAGGCGGUGGGGGACGCGGCCCCGACGGCAGCGGGGGUCCUGCAGGCUGCAGCCACAGAGAGCAGCCUGUCAGAGCUGGGACUGGCUGCUCCCACACCAGUGGGCCUGAUCCAGAGCCUGCUGGAGCUCCUCCACAUGGACCUGGGGCUGCCCUGGUGGGGCGCCAUCAUAGUCGGGACGGUGCUGGCUCGCCUGGCGGUGUUCCCGGUCAUCGUGAAGGGUCAGAGGGAAGCAGCCAAGCUCAACAACUUCAUGCCCGAGAUCACCAAACUCACCACCAGGGUCAACGAGGCCAAACAGAGCGGAAACCAAGUUGAAAUUUUCCAAGCCUACUCCGACCUGAACUUGUUCCAGAAGAAGAACGAUGUGAAUCCUCUCCGCGGCUUCCUGGUUCCUCUGGUGCAGGCGCCGAUCUUCAUCUCCUUCUUCAUGGCGCUGAGGAAGAUGGCGGAGCUGCCGGUGCCCAGCCUGCAGACGGGAGGUCUGCUGUGGUUCACAGACCUGACGGCAGCAGAUCCCUUUUAUAUCCUGCCGCUGGCCGCUACUGGGACCAUGCUGCUCAUCCUGGAGCUGGGAGCAGAGUCUGGCGUGGACAACCCCAACCUGCGAGCCAUGAAGACGGUGUUCAGGAUCAUGCCCUUCAUCAUCCUCCCCUUCACCAUCAACUUCCCCACGGCCGUCUUCACCUACUGGCUCACCUCCAACUCCUUCUCUCUGGCCCAAGUGGCGCUGUUCAGACACCCGCUGGUCCGAGAGCGCCUCAGGAUCCCCGAGAGGAUCAAACACCCCACGGACGCCAUGCCGAAGAACGAAGGCCUGAUCCAGAACAUGAAGAAGGGUCCGUGUCUCCACUCACAUCCACUGGAUAGAUAGUUACUUUAUUUAUGGUUUAUUAAUUAGGGACCGAGGACCCUAUUGUAAUUGGUCCGUUUCUUCUUAUUAUUAUUCAUACCAAAAGUGAAUUUGGAGCCUUUAUCAUCUUCAAAAACUCUUCAUUUUUGGAAUACGCAUAAAUCUCACGUGAAAUUUACGUAUUCCAGUGGUCCCGGGAGUGGGCGUGGCACAAUGGCUCACCAGCGCCCCCUACAAACUUUUCUUCCAUGAACGCAUUACUCCUACCGAUUAAACUCUAUUCACUUCUAACUUUGUCAGUGUCAUCAUGAGGCCUUUGGGAUGACACGUACUCAAAAUCCUUACUGACUGUCACACUAGAUGGGCGUGGCAUGGCGGCAAAAUAUGAAAACACGAGCCUAUAUAACUUCACCAUACAUUGUCUCAUCUGUCCAAAAAUUCUUACACGUGAUGAGGGUCCAGCUCUGAACACACCCACAUGAUAAUAUUGACACACAGUCAUAGCGCCCCCCGCUGGCUACAGGAAGUCACAUGUUUUAUACUUAGCCCUAGCAGUAGGCUUCACGUAGAGACACCAAAUUUGGUACACCCCAUUGACUUCAAACUUGGUCAGUAGCAUCACAAGACCUUUGGGAUCAAAAGUUAUUGAAAGCUUUACCGACAAUCACACUAUGUGGGCGUGGCAUGGCGGCAAAAUAUGGCGUCACGCCAUCUAACACCAGACUGGAUAACUUGACCAUACAUUGUCCAAUCUGUCCCAAAUUUCUCACAUGUGAUUAGGGUCCAGCCCAGAACACACCCACGUGUCGAUAGUGACACACAGUCAUAGCGCCCCCUGCUGGCUACAGGAAGUAACAUGUUUUACACCUACCACGAGCACAGUGGUAGGAGACACGCCAGUUGGGACGCAUAGGGACUGAGCCCACAGCGCCACGCCCGACGUGGCCUCCCCCGACGGCUCCACUCGGCUCGGUCCCGUUCAGUCCUGUUCACAGGCCUAGUUCAGGUUGUCGUAGCAGUCCUGUGUUUGAAUACAAUAAAAAUUGAGUUAAAUACUGAGGAAGAAAAAAUAAGAAUAGGACAAGGACAUAAUUUUGAUUAUUUUUGUCUCAUAAUUUUGACUUUUUUUAAUCUAACGAUCAUAGCUUUUUAUCUCAUUUUAACUUUUUUUUAUCUCAUAAUUAUGACUAUUUUCUCUCAUAAUGACUUUUGAUUUCAUACUUUGGACUUUUUAUCACAUCAUAUUUGUGACUUUUAUCUCAAAAUUAUGACUUUUCUCACAAUUUCGAUUUUUAAAAAUCUAAUAAUCAUGACUUUUAUCUCAUUUUAACUUUAUCUCAUAAUUAUGACUAUUUUAUCUCAUAACAUGACUUUUUAUCUCAUUUCGAUUUUUUAAAAUCUAAUAAUCAUGAGUUGAUUGCUGAUAAAAUAGUUUAAAAAUUGGAAUAAAAUGGAAUUUAUAUAUACAGCUGGGGCUGGCCGAUAUAUCGAUAUAAAAAGUAUAUCGAUAUAUUUUUAAAUGUGAUAUAGAAUUAGACCAUAUCGCAUGUAUCAAUAUAGUUCAAUUUUUUCUUUUUUAUAUAUACAUGCGGCCCUUACUCAUAUUUAGUUAAUUUGUAGUGUUCGUUAAUCUUUUCUCAUAUAAAUAUAUUUAUUUCAGAAAGAGAUUGGCCUAUUUUAUUUCAUAGGCUAUUUUUAUUUAAAAUAUUUUUCUAUUUAAAUGUGCACUUUAUGGAGCUUUUUUAAAUUUUUUAAGGGUACUCCUGUUGUUCUACAGUAUUUAUGUUCACUUAAAUAAACAGUUUUGCAGUUUUUUUCAGUCGCUAAGAAGCGCUUACCCAUACUUCAGAUACUUUUUCUAAACUCUUCACACAAUUAGCACAGCAUGGUAUUUUGUAGCCAUACCAUUCACACAUUUCAUGUCGUUUCCACACAA